AUGAUACCUACAACCCAUCCCAUGUUCUCGGACUCCCUCCAUCAUGGCUCCAUAUUCACUUGCUCUCCACACCACCCCUGCCACAUGUCGUCCGCCCUUCUUCUUUUUUUUUUCAUCCCAUCAAUCAUCCCCUGGCUUCAUUUCGAAGCCCACAUCCCUCUAUAUACCCUGGCUCGUUUCCAAACGUCAACUCGCUCUUACUGGCUUAGUUCGUGUCUUGGCGGAAUAUCGACCAAACACCUCCUGGCCUGCGUUUCUCCUAGACAAACGAACCACCAUCUCUCAGCUCGUACCACGCCCACCACCACGCACAGCAGUGACACCACAUGGUCGACCUCUUUUAGGCUUUCCGUCCCGUCUAUUCGUGCGAUUUCCAAGUUCGAGAUCGCGGGCCCCGGGUACCGCUUCACUGCCACCGUGACAUUGGACCGCCCGUGCUUCAUGCUGCCAGCAACCGGCAUGUACCUUCUUGGCGUGAUCAAUGAAUGUACUCUAUCCCGUGGUCUCUGUAUACCAAAGCCCACCCAGACAUACACCCCUCCCCCCUCCCCUUCUCUUGAUGUUUCUCCACCCACGAGUGCACCCAUCACGACUCUCUCUCUCCGCCAAGGACCUCCCAACAUGUGGCCCAGCCUGUCCAGGCCCAGGCAAGGCACCACGCAAGUGCCAAGCCCCAAAGCGUCGAGAGCCUCCUCCUACCUUACCUUACUGCUCGGCCUGGGUCCCGCUCGUAGCCUUCAAUACCACCAUGAUCCUCGCCAAGACCAGGGAUAUGCCAAGAUGCGCACGCGUACGCAAGCCAUCACCCCCCUUCCGGGAGUCUCCCAGACUGGACCAGAGAAGGAAGAGAUGAACAGUACUGCAGUCUGCAGGACAAGGCCUGCUCGAGUUUCUCCAGAAGAGCCCAAAGGAAAGGGUCUUGGCCCUUGGCAACAGAAGCUUAGCCAAGAGAUUAACCUCACUGUCAAUACCUUCGUUCGACGUAGACCGUCAACCCCAUUCUCUAUCACAACCACUAUCAAUCAACCACACAACUAG